UUCAGACGUAAUGCUAGAAGUAGCAGAUCUACUUCUGAAGGCUUUGCAGCCAAAGAGCACAGUGCAAAAAUGCUCUCUCCCUGUUUACUUUUAACCUCUGGUUUGUCUUGGAUCUGAUUCUUAGUAGGCGGUCUUAUCUUACAGAAAUUGCAGCCUCUAUCGCCACCCCUUUUGUGGAAAGGGUCCUGCUUGUAAAAGCAUGAAAAUGCAUCCUCCUGGGUUGCUGUUUUUCUUCUUAGCAGCAUGCUUCACUCUCACAGCUGACUGCCAGAGUCAGAAGUUAAAGUCCAUGCGAUGCAAUAUCAAGACAAUGUUUACCUUGAAUACAGCGUGUGCUGCUUGUGCUGCAGCGCCUAAAAUGUUCUGUCCAAGAGGCUGGUUAAAGACCACCCAAGGAUUAGGAGUGAGGGACUGCAGAUACACUGUCAAGUUAGGAGAAAAUACCCUUUCCCAACCAGGGUGCUAUCACAUAUGUAAGAAGGAAAUUGAGGAGAAAAAGUGCUGUCCAGGAUUCUGGGGUACAGAGUGCUAUGAGUGUCCAGGUGGCUCUGAAAAUCCCUGCAAUGGCCAUGGGACAUGCUUGGAUGGUAUGCAGCAAAAUGGGACCUGCAUCUGCAAGGAGCAAUACAGUGGUUUUGCCUGCCAGAAUUGUCAAGAUGAAAAUCGGUUUGGCCCAGACUGUCAGUCAGUGUGUGACUGUGUGCACGGGGAAUGCAACAGCGGCAUCACUGGGAAUGGAAGCUGCACAUGCUAUGGAGGCUACACCGGCCCCAGGUGUGACCAAGAGCUUCCCCUUUGCAAAGGUAUGACAUGCGAGGCCAACAGUGAAUGUGUGGUAAGGGAUGGGACAGCAACGUGUGACUGCAAGCUGGGCUACAGAAAAAGUGGGAGCACUUGUCAAGCUCAGGAUCCUUGUGCUGCUUCUCCAUGCUCCCCCUUUGCUGUAUGUAAGGUUCUUGGACCACGAAAGUAUCAGUGUACCUGCAAAGAAGGAUUUCAAGGAGAUGGGAGGAUUUGCCAGCCCAUAAACCCUUGUGUUGACAGCAAUGGAGGCUGCCCAGAAAACUCUACAAUUUGUGUUUACAGACGUCCAGGAGAGGCAUCUUGUGUUUGCAAGCGUGGGAUGAGUAGGAGAACUCCUUCUUCCGAAUGUUCUGUAUUUCCCAAUGAUUGCCGACAGUAUUUUUGCGAUGUGACUUCCACAUGUGAAAUUAAUUCCCAGGGGAAUCCUAGCUGUGUGUGUAAAGAAGGGGAGAUUGGAGAUGGGAGAAGUUGCUAUAAAGAUCUAUUGAGCGAGAUAAUUCAGCAUAAUUCACGGGGACGGUUUGCUAGGAAAUUAAACGUUGCCAGGAAAAUGUUUGCUUCUGGUUGCUCAGUGUUGCUGACUAAAUAUGGGCCUUUCACAGUCUUUGUACCAUCCCUUCUUCCAGUUCAUGAUAGAAUGGAAUUUAACGAUACCACUGCUGAGCAUUUGUGCAGAAUGCACAUUGUUCCUGGCCUGCAUUUGAUAGAAGACAUGGUAACAGCCAAGACUCUGUGGACCUUGUCAGGACAUCAGCUAACAUUCAGUAGCCAGCCAUACAUCAAAUCGUUUCGAUAUCAAGACACGCCGGGGGAACUGUACAAUGUUUUGCAAUCGAACCUACCAGCAGCCAAUGGCAUCAUGCAUGUUGUUAACACCCUGAGGAAAAAAAACAGCGCUGACAACCUCAGAAACCCACAGAAAACCAUUGGUGAGAUCCUUGCUUCAAUGGAGAUCUUCAGCAGAUUUGAAACUAUACUAGAGAACUGCGGCCUGCCUGCAAUACUGGAUGGACCAGGCCCCCUUACUGUAUUUGUACCCAGCAAUGAUGGUGUGGAUAAGUUGAGAGAUGGAAGGCUCAUUUAUCUUUUCACAGAGGGCAUAAAUAAGCUUCAAGAACUUGUGAAACAUCAUAUCUACACUUCAGCAGCGGUGACUGUAGAAAAGCUGAUAAUGAUGCCACACAUUGUUACUAUGGCUAACCAGAUACUUACCAUCAACAUCAGUGCAGAUGGAAGAAUUCUGAUGGGUGAAUCAGGGAUCCCCUUAAACAUGCGAGACAUUGUGGCUUCAAAUGGUAUUAUUCAUACCUUGGAUGGCAUCUUCAUCCCUCCUUCAAUAAUUCCCAUUUUGCCUCACAGAUGCAAUGAAGAGCAACAUAAAAUUGUGACGGGCUCUUGUGUGGAUUGUGAGGCCCUCAACAACAGCAUUUGCCCACCUGGCAGCAGAGAAAUGGAACCAACACUCUUACCAAAAGAAUGUGUCUACGUCCAUGAUCCACAAGGCCUGAAUGUCCUGAAGAAGGGGUGCGCCAGGUACUGCAAUCAAACUGUCACGAAACCUGGAUGCUGCAAAGGAUUCUUUGGUCCCGACUGCAUGCCGUGCCCAGGGGGAUUUUCCAGUCCAUGCUAUGGCCGAGGAAAUUGCAGUGAUGGCAUACAAGGGCAUGGCACCUGCCACUGUUCUGAAGGUUUCAAAGGAAUAGCCUGCCACAUCUGUUCAAACCCAAACAAGCACGGCGAGAACUGUGAUGAAGAUUGUGGCUGUGUUCAUGGUGUCUGUGACAACAGGCCUGGCAGCGGUGGUGUGUGUCAGUCCUGGUCCUGUAAGGAAGGCUAUACUGGGAAGUUCUGUGACAAGACAUCCAACAACUGUGGCCCAAGUGGGCUGUCCCAGUACUGCCACCGGAACGCUGUUUGCAGCCUCAAUGACACAGCAAGGUGCAUUUGCAUGGAUGGGUAUGAAGGUGACGGGUUUUCCUGCCAGCCCAUUGACCUGUGCAGUCAGCCAGGACGAGGAGGCUGUUCACAAAAUGCCCUGUGCACCAGUACGGGCCCUGGCACCGCCACCUGCCAGUGCAACGUGGGCUGGACGGGGGACGGGAAGGCCUGCGUGGCUAUAGACAACUGCAUGCUGGAGAGCAGAGGGAACUGUCACAUCAACGCCGACUGCGUUUAUAUCGGCCCUGGCCAGAGCAAAUGUGUCUGCAAGAGGGGUUAUGCUGGAGAUGGCUACAACUGUGAUGCAAUCAACCCAUGCCUCAUGGACAACGGUGGCUGCCAUGACUUGGCUAUAUGUAUACCCCUUGGAGGAGGAGAGAGAUCCUGCACUUGCCCUCAAGGCUACAUGGGGGAUGGCAUGACAUGCUAUGGGAGCAUUCUAAAAGAGUUGGCCAGGAAUUCCCAUUUCGCAGGCUUCUACGACUGGCUUAAGAAAUCUCUCUUCAGCAUCCCAGCAGGAAUGAAUGUCACUGUCUUGGUGCCAUCAGAGGCAGCUAUCAAAAACAUGAACAAGACUGAGAAAGAUUUCUGGUUGACCCCCUACAUGCUGCCAUUUCUAGUCAGGGCCCACUUUCUCGAAGGCAUCUUCACUGGUGAAAAACUCAAAAAGUACGACAGGCCAGAAUUACCCACCUUCAACCCACAGACCAGAUGGCAGAUAAACACCAAGAAUGGCGUAUUAACCAUCCAUAAUGCAAGUAUAGUCGUCAGUGACAUCCCUGCCAGCAACGGCAUUAUUCAUGUCCUCAGUAAGGUUUUGUUGCCGCCUUCAGGAGAUAUCCCACCGAGUCUUCCAGGUCUGCAGAAACAGCUGGAGACAGUUGCCUCAUUCAGCAUAUUCAAGGAGUUGCUACAGCAAUACCAGCUCAUUGAAAAAAUGGAGUCCUCUGAAAAAUACACAGUUUUUGUUCCUGGAAAUAAUUCCAUUGAGGAGUACUGCCUUGCAGCUAAUGUGACACAGCUGGACAACGAGACAGUGCAGUACCAUAUUGUACUGGGAGAGAAGCUGUUGCCUGCAGACUUGAGGAGUGGAAUUCAUAAGAACAGCAUGUUAGGGCUCUCAUACUGGCUAAUGUUUUAUCAAAACAGCACCCAGAAAUUUGUCAAUAAUAUUCCUUUGGAUGGAAAAUUUCUUGAGACGAAGAAUGGCAUGCUGAUUGGGGUUUCACAGGUCCUCCCGAUACAGAAGAAUCGUUGCACUGCCAAUACCACCACCAUACAAAAGUCAAGAUGUGGCAAGUGUGAGAAGGGGAUCAAGUGUCCUUCUGGAUCAGUUCUUGUGGAAUUGCCAGGAAGCAAGAAUCUUGCUCGCUGUGAAUUACGCUCUGGGGACACAGGAAUACUUGGCUGCCAUUUCACCUGUGCAAAAGUUUCUCUGAGGUCUGUCUGCUGCCCCGGCUACUACGGACACAUGUGCGAGAUGUGCCCAGGGAAGCCAGGCCAGUGGUGCUCUGGGAACGGGGAAUGCCAGGACGGCAUCGAGGGCAGCGGAGAGUGUCGAUGCCUGGAGGGUUUCCACGGCACCGCCUGUGAAAUGUGUGAAGUGGGCCGGUACGGAGCUGACUGCAAAUCAGAAUGUGCCUGUGACAAUGGCAUAUGUAACGAUGGACUGCAAGGGGAUGGGAGCUGUGAGUGUUUUCCAGGGUGGAAGGGCCCUACCUGCCAAAAAAGAAUUGAGAUUGACUUAUGCAAUAAUACUUGCCACCAAAUGGCCAACUGCCUCAAUAGUUCUGCAGAUUCCCUACCUAUGUGCUUCUGCUCUGCUGGAUACACAGGGAAUGGGACCCUUUGCACAGAAAUAGAUCCAUGCACUGUCGAUCAUGGUGGCUGCUCCAUACACGCUGUGUGUACUAAAGUGUCCCCAGGAGAGAGAACCUGUGUUUGUAAAGAAGGCUACGCCGGAGAUGGGACACUCUGUGUGGAAAUUGAUCUCUGUCUUGAAAGCAACGGGGGCUGCCACACCAACGCGGAGUGCAUUAAAACAGGCCCAAGAAAGGUUGCCUGCAACUGUCUUCCUGGUUACAGUGGGGAUGGCGUGAGCCAGUGCAACCCCAUCAACUUGUGUGAACAGAACAAUGGAGGCUGUAGUCCGUUUGGGCUCUGCAAGUACACAGGCCCUGGCACUCGAAACUGCUCCUGCUCUUGGCACAGUGUUGGAGAUGGCUUCACCUGCCGUGGCAAGGUGUAUCAGGAGCUUGGAAGGAUCGAAGAUGCAUCUGUGUUCUUUAAGAUGAUACUGGUGGAAAACAUCAAGGAUCUCAGUGGGGCAGGGCCUUUCACUGUCUUUGUCCCACGGACAGAUUUCAUAGGAAACACCACAACAUUUGAGGAGUGGAGGAGCAGAGGCUUCCUCCGGGACCUGCUUCGCUACCACAUGGUGGGUUGCCAGGAAUUGCUGUCCAGUGACUUGGAAGCCCAGGAGUCCCUUACAUCUUUAUCUGGCCACAACAUAAAGAUCACAGUGAAAGAGAAUAGCAUCUAUCUCAAUGAGGAAGCCAAAGUGGUCACGAGUGACAUCAUCGGCAUGAACGGGGUCAUUCAUUUUAUCAACAAGAUCCUCAUUCCAAGUGACCUGGUGGACCAUAACAUUUCCUCAAAGAUCUCACGGCAAAAUAUCACAGAAGUGGCAGAUGCCUUCGGGUACACCAUUUAUAGCAAGCUGCUGCAGGACGCGGAGCUGCUGCCACUGGUUAGUGACCCCCUGCAUAGACCCUUCACCAUGCUGUGGCCCACAGAUGCUGCGUUCAAUGCCCUCUCAGAGAAAAGGCAGAAAUGGCUGUACCAAAGAGAGCAUCGGGACGUGCUGGCCUCCUACCUCAAAGCACACAUGAUCAGGGACACAAAGAUUGUUGCUAGUAACAUGCCCCAAGUCAAAUCCAUACGGACCAUGCACGGCUCCGCCGUCUCAUUCAGCUGCAGCAAAACCCACGUGGGGGAGCUUCUGGUGGGGAACAGCGAUGCCACCAUCAUCCAGAGGCACAUGGAAUUCAAUGGCGGCAUUGCUUAUGGCAUCAAUAGGCUGCUGGAGCCACCAGAUCUGGGAUCUCGCUGUGAUGAGUUUGUCUUUGUCGAGCUGCAGGGAUCUCCAGAGAGCUGCGGACUCUGUGGCUUCGAGCCACCCUGCCCUGCUGGCUCCGUUCAACGGGGGGAAACCAGGCGCUGCUACUAUUAUGGAAACCAGCUGUUGAGAAACACUUUUCUGUUUCACCACAACUCCCUGUUGCGGCCAUCCUGGCCACCUUCCCCGUGGGACUCCUUCAGAAGACACUUCUCUUCCAGGGGGCCUCUGAAACGAGGCUGCAAGAGGAGCUGCGUUUCCACCCAGUGGGCCCCUCAGUGCUGUGCGAACCACUAUGGCCGUGACUGUCGGGUGUGCCCGGGAGGGCUGGAGGCACCAUGCAACAACCGUGGUACCUGCAAUGACAAAAUCACUGGCUCGGGGUGGUGCAACUGCAGCCAGGCUUUCAUCGGGACCAGCUGUGAGCUGUGUGCGCCGGGCAGAUACGGACCAGACUGCCGAGAGUGUAACUGUACCGAGAAUGGCGUGUGCAACGGAGGCCUGCAUGGCGAUGGCUUCUGCUUCUGUGCUGAGGGCUGGACUGGAGACCACUGCGAAACCAGACUAGUCAUGACACCCACCUGCUCUCCACCGUGCCACCCCCAGGCCGUCUGCCGCUCCGGCAACCUCUGCGAGUGCAACCUACACUACGAAGGAGACGGGAGAAUCUGCUCAGUGAUGGACAUGUGCAGCCAGGACAACGGGGGGUGUGCCACGCACGCGCAGUGCACGCAAGUCGGCGUGAACGUCUCCUGUGCCUGUGCGCCCGGGUACGGAGGCGACGGCUACACCUGCGACCCCAUAGACAGAUGUGCGGACGGUAGGAACGGGGACUGCAGCCAGCACGCCAGCUGCAUCAGCACCGGGCCGAACGAGCGGCGCUGCGAGUGCAAGCGGGGCUACGUUGGUGACGGGAUCCAGUGCCUGGAAGAGGCCGUGCCCCCCACGGACCGGUGCCUGGAAGACAACGGGCAGUGCCAUCGGGAGGCCAUUUGCACCGACCUGCACUUCCAUGAUAAGACUAUGGGCGUAUUUCAUCUGCAGUCACACCAAAAAAAGUACGACUUCACUUAUGAGCAGGCUCAGAAGGCCUGUGCUGCAGAAGGUGCAUCCCUGGCCACUUUGCAGCAGCUCUCAGCAGCACAGCAGAUGGGAUUCCAUCUGUGCUUGGUGGGCUGGCUGGACAAUGGCACAGCCGGAUACCCCACAGCCUACCCCAACCCCAGCUGUGGGGCUAACAGGGUGGGCAUUGUGGACUAUGGCUCCCGAAGCAACCUGAGCGAGACCUGGGAUGCGUUCUGCUACCGGGAGAAGGAUCUGACCUGCACCUGCCGCGACGGUUUUGUGGGAGAUGGGUACUGGUGCAGCGGCAAACUCCCCGAUGUGCUCGCAGACCACGCUCGCUUCUCCACCUUCUAUUCCAUGUUGCUCGAUUUUGCCAAUGACACAGAAGGAGGACUUGAUUUUUUCAUCUACUUGUCUGAUGACUCCGCUCCCAAAACUCUCUUUGUCCCUCUGAAUUCUGGCUUCGCAGAAAACGAAACACUGACAGGAGAAGAACUGAAGCUCCAUGUGUCGUCCAGCAAUAUUGUCCUCUUCAGCUUCAACCUCACAACGGGCACCAUCAUCCCCUCCCAGUCAGGAUAUGACCUCCACGUAUCAGACGUCCCAGUGGGCAACAGUACAGGGCACUCUGAUGCCAAGGGGAUCAAUGACACGAUGAUUGUGGAGUGGGACAUCCUGGCUUUCAAUGGCAUCAUCCAUGCGAUUGCAGAGCCGCUGCGGAUCCCGCCGCCCAUCCCGCAGCUUGGUCAGGUGAACGGCGCGGCGAAGGCCUCGGGCUCCGCGGCCGCAGCGACGCUGUGGGCGCUGUGCGCGGCGGGGGCGCUGGCUGCCGCGGCCGGCGGCGCCUAUUACUGCGUGAAGAGGCGGCGGCGGGCGGAGCAGUUCGGGUAUUCUCAGGCGGACCUGCGCGCGGACGAGGAGGAGGAGGAGGAGGGGGCGGUGCCGUCGCCGCAGGAGGAGGAGCAGCGCGCGGUCCCGCGCGCCGCCCGGCCCCGCCACCAGCGGCCGCUCGUUGCCAUCCCCAACCCGCUCUACGGCGGCCACGCCCCCGACUACGAGCCGCUGCACGUGAGCACCGCCCCGCCCCGCCCCGCCCCUCGCCGCGCGCUGCCGGGCUGACCUCGCCCCUCUCCCGCAGGGCUCGCUCCUGGCCGACGCCGACGGCCGCGCGCUCCUGCUCUGAGGGGCCGCGGCCGCCGCCGCCGCCGCCGCCGCCCGGGAAAGAAGGAGCCGCCUCAGCGCUGCCGGGCUGCCCUCACCGCUCAGCCCCCGGCCCCGCACCCGCCCCGCCUGCGCCCUCCUCGCCCACGGCCACCAGCCUGGCUGUGGGACAGCCCCGGGGGCACGGCUGCGCUCUCGCCUACCCUCGCACUCUGCCAUCGGGACACAGCAGUUCGUCACCACUCCCCACAUCCCCCCCCCUUUUGCUCCAUCCUGCCUGCACGGUGAUCCUGAGGGGCACAAACUGCUCAGGCACCCACCCCAAGCUAGGUCAUGGUCGUGCACCCAGACACCAGCACCCACGGCUGGAAGGGAACAGAGACAAGCAUCACCCCUGCAGUGAGUUGGUUAGUCGGUUAGUUACGCAUGCUGCAGGCUUUUAUUGAGUCUCCACACUACACACAGCACAAUGACAUCAGAUGCCACACACACAUACUACAACCAUUCGGUUAGAGCAGCGAUUGUUUAGGUCACUGAGUUGAGUGCAAGGCAUCUUAAAAGUUGGCCCCAGGCUGGCACAUAGCAUAAAGACAAGUCAGGGACACAAGUGCCAGACUGAGGGGCAAGAGUGGCACAGCGCUGGGGAGGAAGGUGCAGGAGAGACUGGGGGGGGUGUGUAUGUGUGUAUCUCACCGAGGGUUACUGACACACACUGUACUUCACCUUUCUCUGAGGAGCUUCCUGGCAGAGGACCCUCCACACCACCUUGGUUCCUCUCCCUCAGCUGCCUCCGCAUUGACAACGCUCAGCCCAGACGGCAGUUGCCACAGCCCAGUGCUCACAAGCAAGCCCUGCCUGCCCCCCUGCUCAUCCCCAGCCUCCCCCGUGAACCGACAGCCCUUCCCAGCCACACAGACACACGGUGCAGCCCCGAGCACCAUCGCACCCACUCAGCAGUCACUCACCCCUUUCCUUGCCCACUCACAGCCAGACCCAACCCAAGACGCAUGUCCAUUCUCUGUUCCCUCUCUCGUACCUGUCACCUCAACACCACCUGCCCCCGCAAGCAAGCUGGCACUGGCACCCUUGUUGCCAUCUGCAAAUGGUGCUGCAAUGAGGGGAGGAGGUGGUGGACCAAGGUACCCACCUUCUCCCGAGCCUGCACCAAGCCCUCUGCCUUCAACCCCGCACCAACCGGCCCUGCAUGUCUCUCCCUUGAAAGCAGCUGCAUCACUCGCCUCCCACGUGCUUUGGGGCCCUCACAGACCACCCCCCCACCUACACCUCUUACCCCUUCAUCCCCUAGCCCUGGCUUCUCACACACCCCGCUUGCUGACGGCAUGAUCUUCUGUUUCCCAGGGCCAGGCAGCAGGAAGGUGCCACAAACUCAACCCCCCCUACUCACCUAACUGCCCCCCUUCACCCCUCCCCGGCGCCCUGCCUGCCCCUCGGGGCACUCACAAGCCUGGCCAAAACCCACACAGCCCCCAGCCAGGCAAAGCACCGACCUUCUGCCCCUCACAUCCUAACGUAGCUCUGGCUGACCUGGGUCUUCAGGCCGACACUCCUGUCCCCAGUGCUCUGGCAUCACUAUUGCCACCUUUCCUCUUCUCCUCAGGAGGCACAACAACUGUCACACCCCCCCAGGACAUCCUCACCAGCCCCUCCCUACGCCUCAGGCCACAGCCCAGCACACACAGCUGGAAGGCCACCACCUCUGCUCGCACCCCUGCCCCUUCCCUAAAGGCUGGACACGUCCCUCUGCAAGUCACAACUGACCAUACCGCAGCAAUUGCCAAAAUAGCAAUGUCACAUGGCACCAAACCCAAAAAGUACUGACGGUGUAUAGCCCUAAGCUCACUCAAAAAACAGGCUCAUCACCAAACACUUAUUUUCAGCCCUUCUAACCUCACACAGAACUUGCACAUCCUGCACAUUUAACUAAGUUACCUUCCCGAGGGCCGCUGGUACCAGUAACACCGCUGAUGCUCUGGCGUCCGUGAUGCUGUCACUGAUGGGCUUCACUGGUCGCCCCGUUAGCAGCCCUGUCCCCUCCCUGUCCGCCCGCGGGAUCACUCGCGCUGUAGUUCCCACGGAUCUUGGGUCAGCUACCACCCUGACACACCUUGUCACACCUCGCCUGGGACGCCGCGCUGCACUCCCAGCACUGCAGACACAGGACUCCACUUCUGAGCCCCUUCUCUGGGCACAGAGCAGGGAGCAGCAGCUUCCCCCCACCCCACCUCCCCAGCACUGGCUCUCCAGCACCUGUACUACAGAAGCACCCGUCCUCUGUCCAGUCUCAACGCAGCUCAGGGAAAGGGAUGGAGCCAGUGAAGGGGAAAAAAAAAAAAAAACAACAAAAAAAACAAUAAACACACCAUCUACACACA